AUGGCGGCAACGCAACAACAAGAGGCCAAGUUCUACGAGAGCGUUGAACGGGCCAAGAAAGACCUUGACGCGGUUUCGGCGCCUUCGACCACACCUAGCUCGCCUGGGCUGUCGGCAGAUAGUUCCGGAGCCAGCGUCGCCGGCAUCGACAGUCCCUCGUCACCAGCAACUCCCGCCACGGUUGCCGACUCGUUCGUCUUUGCCUUUGACAUUGACGGCGUCCUUGUGCGCGGCGGCAAGGCCAUCCCCGAAGCGAUCCAGGCCAUGAAAGUGCUCAACGGCGAAAACGAAUUCGGCAUCCACGUACCUCACAUCUUCCUCACCAACGGCGGGGGCAAAAGCGAGGAGGAGCGAUGCCGCGAUCUCUCGCGGCAGCUCCAGCAGGACAUCCGACCGGGGCAGUUCAUCUGCGGACACACGCCGAUGAGGGAAAUGGCGGCCAAGUACGGCACGGUGCUCGUGAUCGGCGGCGAGGGCGAAAAGUGCCGCGAGGUGGCCGAGGGCUACGGCUUCAAGGACGUGGUGACGCCGGGCGACAUCAUCAAACACGACUCGGCGACGACGCCGUUCCGCAGGCUCACGGCCGAGGAGCACGCCAACUCGCGGGUGCGCGACUUUGACGACGUCACGAUAGACGCCGUCUUCGUGUUUGCCGACUCGCGCGACUGGGCCGGCGACAUCCAAAUCAUGCUGGACCUGGCCAUGUCGCAGGGCGGCCGCCUCUGCACGCGCAGCUCGACCUUUGACCAGGGACCUCCCUUCUACUUCUCCCACAACGACGUCGUCUGGUCGGCCGCCCACGAGCACGUCCGCCUCGGCAUGGGCGCCCUCCGCCGCAUGUUCGAGGUCACCUUUGACGACCUCACCCACGGCCGGGGGAAGCUCACCACCCACGCCUUUGGCAAGCCCCAGGUGCCGACGUUUGAGUUUGCCUCGCGCCUCAUGACCCAGUGGCGACGCUCGCAGCACGGCAUCGCCGACGCGCCCCAGACCGUCUACUUCGUCGGCGACACCCCCGAGAGCGACAUCCGCGGCACAAACGCCGUCAACCAAAAGGCCGACAACGACUGGUACAGCAUCCUCGUCAAGACGGGCGUCUACCAGGACGGCACCGAGCCCGCCUUCAAGCCCCGCGUCACCGUCGACAACGUCCUCGACGCCGUCAACCACGGCAUCCAGCGCGAGAUGCGCAAGAAGCUGGCUUCUUCGCUCAAGAACCGUCUCGAACACCAGGCUGCUGCUGCCGCCGCCAUUGCCGACUCCGAGAUUGAGCCCAUGGCCGUCUAG